AUGAUCUCAAAUAGCGAGGGCGCUAAAGAGAAAGAGCCGGUGAAACGCCGUGCCUGUGACGAGUGCCGGGCACGGAAACUGGCUUGCUCAAAGGAACCAGAUGGCUGCGCGCGGUGUAAGCGCGAAGGCGUUCACUGUAACUACUCGGCCCAGAAGCCCAUGGGCCGGCCAAGGAAACGUCCUCACGUCGACGUGGCCGAGGCAUCGCGAAAGGAGGCAAAGACUGAUGAUGUUUCUCCCAGCGAGACGGCGGCCUUGACAUAUCCCGUCUCUAUGCCCUUUGACGGGACCCUAAACCUGGACCUAGACAUGUGCUUCCUCGACGUCACCAACACAGACAUAAAUUUCUCUGACAUAUUCGACCCAAAUUUCCAGUUCGGAUCGUAUGGCUUCCCCUUCUCCUUGGACUACGACAUCCCUCUACCGGGACCGGCACCCGGGCAAAUAGAGGCGAUGCCCAAGGAAGACACAAGACAUGCCGAUCAAGCCUGGAUGGAUUCCACGGCUGCCGUCAACGCACAACGGCAGCCACCCCUUGGGGGAUACCUCAAUGUCAGCUUUGACAGCAUUGACGUACAAGCGUCAACAUCGGCCUCCUCGUCCUCAAUACAGCAGUAUUCCUCGCCGUUCCCGAAGCGAGAACAGCCUGAAGGGAUAUACGCCUACCCAGACUACGCCUACCACCCAGACACAUCUCAGAACCAUCACGGCUCCCGCCCAGCGUCACUAUCAGAGGUCUCCGAAUCAACCGUCCCCCAUCUGACCCCCGGCGGCUCCUCCACCACCAGCCCCAGCGACAGCACCAACACCAACGACCACGCCGUCGGUGGCCAGCCCGCCGCCCAAUGCGCCUGCUCAGACAACCUCCGCGAGGCCAUGGAGUCCCUCCGCUUCGUGCCCACCGACGACAUCACCCAAGCGCUCUACACCGUUCGGACCGUCACCAAGAUAGCGCACGAGACCAUCCUCUGCAGCAUCUGCGGCGACCCUCCCACCACCACGUCCUCCUCCACCUCCACCUCCGCCGCCGCCACCGGCACCGACACCAAGACCGACAACAACCCCUCCGACGAAAACGAACCCCCCGUCUCCGCCAUCCAAAACAUGGUCCUCCUCGCCGCCAUCCUCCCCUCGCUCUCCUCGUCCUACACCCUCCUCCUCGAGCUCGUCGAAAAAGAGACUCUCUCCGCCGCCUCCACGGGCCGGCACAUCUUCUUCGAUCUCGAAGGGUAUGGCGGACUAUGGGGUCCCAUCGCGACCUCCUGGAAGCGGUGCGAGGACAUGGUCGCCCUUCUCGCCCAACCGCUCCCCCCGACAACCUGGCGCCUGAUGGCCCGCGCCAUGCUCAAGCUGGAUGUGUACGGGCAGGGCGGGGCGGCUGGGACGGCGAGUCAGGGGACGGUUAUCAGUUUGGAUGGUAUUAGGGACAAAAGUUAUGGUCCUGGGCCGUGCGAGGCGGUGGUGCAUAUUGGACUGAAGGAUAUCUUUGCGAGGAUGGAGGAGAGGUCCAGGAGACGGCAGGAGAGGUUGGAGGCGUUGGUGGCGAGUGGGGAGUUGGAGGGGGUGAUUCCGCCCAUUGGAGGGAGUUUUGUUGUUGGGAGUGCUAGUGAGCGGCCGGUGUCGCCUACUAUGCCGACGAGAGUGGCGACGACGCCGGCGGCGGCGGCGGGCAAGGCGGAUGGAAAGGUGGACGGAAUGAAGACGAGGUCACAGGGUAUGAGGAUUAUUGCUUCUGCGAAGAGUGCGAUGGAUAAGUUGUUAAUUCCUUGA